GUCAUACCAAGAAAGGAGAAUAGAAGGUAUUCCUURUCAUCCACGGUCGAUUAACAGAAGAGGUCUCCCCAAAUAGCAGAUGGAGAUCAGCCCCCCAAAUGAAACCCUAACGCAAAUUUUACGUCUUAUUAGCACUGUUUCUACGACUAGUAGCUGGUUGCACCUCUGCUUUCAAAAAUCCUGCCUCGAUUCAAAAUUUCGUCCCUUUAGUACCUAACAGACUGGACCUCGAAGCUUUGAAAACAAGAAAACAGGACAAGAGACAAUGAAAGCAAGAAAAGAAGGUAUCAACGGAAGGGAUGGAGAAGCAAGAAAAGAAGGUAUCAACGGAAGGGAUAGAGACCACUUAACAGUGGACGGUAGAGGAUACACAUCUACCCUCUGUGAGGUGUGAGCAUGGACUAACUGAAGUACUGAACACGAAAGUUCGUGCUUACUAGAAGCUGCUUUGGGAUCAAGCAAUUCCGGCAUUAUUUAAUAUUUUAUAUAAGGAAAAGGAAAAGAAAUCCAAAAAAAUAAAAAAAAAGAGAGAAAAGUGCAGUGUAAACCUUUAAAUAAGUUAAUGCCCAGAUGCUCCCUCCUUUCUUAGAUUAGAAAUUUAGUAUAACAUCUUUCGGAAAAGUACGGACCGUCAUUCUCAAUAUCUUCAGCUCACCACCCCUGUUGAAUCAUCGCCGAUAACAAUGGUUUCUCUUCGGUCUCACCUCGUCACCCUUCUGCUUCUUCAAGUGAUCCUAUUGCUCUCUCACCCUGUCAAAUCUGAUGAUGAGGACAAGAGACUUCUUCAAGAUAUCAACAGCUACAGGGCAACCUUAAAUCUGUCAGCCUUAACAGAGAAUGACAAUGCAGACUGUCUUGCAGGUGAAAUGGCAGACCAGUUUAAGAAUCAACCCUGUACCAACAGUACCGGUGCCAACACUGUUCCAGGAACUGAGAUGCAAUUGGCCAACUACCCAGACCUUCUGAACCACUGCCACCUUAACGUAUCCAACACCAGGGAUGGAGUCAUCAUGCCCGCUUGUGUUCCAGACCUGGUUCCUAGUCUUGUGCUCGCCAACUUUACUGGUUCCCAGUACUCAUCCUAUCUCAAUGACAGCAAGUAUACUGGAGCUGGCAUUAGUUCCGAAGGUGAUUGGAUUGUUGUUAUUCUGACCACCAAUACGCCUGAAGGGAGUUAUGCGACUUACAAAUCAGCCAGCGUGGUUCCUAAGGCUGGAAUGCUUUUCCACUUGUUUUCAUUGUUCUUGGGGUUGUUUCUUGCCCUGAUUAGCUAAGUUGAUUGUUGGAAGUUUGUCAUUUUCUUUUCUUUUCUUUUUUUUUUUAUACUUAAUGCCCCUUGGAGGGCGCCUUUCUUUUUUUCUUUCAACCUUUGGGCAUGGGAAGAAUACUUGAAAAAAAACUGAUUCCACGGGAAGUUUUCACUGUUAGGGAAUACAAGAUGCUAUGUGUUCCUUCCAGAAGUGGCACUGAUUCUGAAGGAGUUCGCAUUA